GUGGUGUCCUGCAGGCAGCUGAUGGAGAGCGGCACGAGCACAUGACGGGACCAGGCUGCAGAGGAUUCAUCUGAACCCAGCUGUGCAUUAUGAAGGAGACAGGGUCCUCGUGUCAAGUGGAGCAGCUGCCCUGCGCAUGCCUGCUGGAGCCGGGCACUAACGGGCACUACACGCAGACCCGAACUCGCAGCAGCUGGACGCCCGGAGCUCCGCUCAGACACAGAGCCAACGGGGCAGUGGGGGCCUGGUGCAGCAGCCCGGACUGCAGAGCUUCCAGCAGGCUGGAGGCCCCUGAGCAGCCCCACCGAUGGGGUGGGAAGGCCCUGGUGACCGGGGGCGCCGGCUUCUUUGGCUUCAGGCUGGGCAGAGCUCUAGCCAGGCAGGGCACCAGUGUCAUCCUGCUGGACCUCCACAAGCCGCCCUGGGACGUCCCUGAUGGAGCCGUUUUCCUGCAGGGUGAUGUUCGCGACUACGACAACCUGUAUAAAAUCUGUGCUGGAGUGGACUGCAUAUUUCACACUGCUUCCUAUGGGAUGUCUGGCCCAGAACAGCUGAAAAAAGAACAAGUGGAAUCUGUCAACGUUGGUGGCACCAACAACGUCAUAAAUGUAUGUAGUGAGCGGGGGAUCUCCAGACUGGUCUACACCAGCACGGUGAACGUGGUAUUUGCAGGGAGGCCUAUUGAGGAAGGAGAUGAGGACUCUAUACCCUGUGUUCCUUUGCACAUGCAUAUAGACCACUACUCCAGAACGAAAGCUAUCGCUGACCGCAUGGUCCUGGCUGCCAACGGAAGAUCAUUAAAAGGCGGCGGUCUGCUGCGGACGUGUGUGUUACGACCCUCGGGCAUCUACGGUCCUGAGGAGAGACAGCAUCUGCACAGAGUCAUGGUGAAUGUGCAGAGGAGGUUGUUCAGUUUCAGUUUUGGGGAUCCUAAUGCACGUAUGAACUGGGUGCAUGUGGAUAACCUGGUGAUGGCUCACCUGCUUGGAGCAGAGGGACUCACGCCGGAGAAAGGCUGUGUUGCAAGUGGACAGGCCUAUUUCAUCAACGAUGGGGAGUCUGUCAAUGUUUUUGAAUGGCUUCGACCCCUGUUUGAAAGGCUUGGCUACAGUCGACCACUGAUCCAUCUGCCUGUAUCACUGGUGUAUUCCGCAGCUGUUUUAAUGGAGCGACUGCAUGUGGCUCUGAGACCUAUAGUGGAGAUUCCUCUGCUUCUCACCAGAAAUGAGGUAAGAAACGUUGCGGUCAGCCACACUUUCAAGAUCGAGAAGGCCCGUCGGGAGCUGGGCUUUUCCCCUAAGAAGUACAGCUUUGCUGACUCGGUGGAUCAGUACCUGCAGAGCCAGCAUAACUGCUCAGGUUCCUCCCUGCUGGACUCGCGGCUCUUCCUCACCUUCCUGCUGGGAAUGGUAGUGCUGGGAUUAACCGUCCUGACGCUCUGGAAGGAGCAUUAGCCUGGGCACCUCAGCCUCAGGGUUCAUGUGGUUACUCUGGAUCAUUUACUCUAAUUCCUCCACUCUGUAGGGUCUGUAGGGCUGCAACGAUUACUUGAAAAAAAAAGUUAGUCUUGAAUAAAAAAAAUUAAAAGGAAAAAAAUGCCAGACAUGCCAGAAGUCAUGGGAUAACAGUAUGUCAAUUGAUCAUGCGGAUUAUUAAUUUAGUGGACUGCUUGGAAAUGUCCACACCUGUAUAAUUUGUGAGGUGAUAUCUUGUGAGUUCUGCAGGCGUUUAACAUUUCUCAAUCCAUAGUGAGAAGGCACUACCACCCACAAAGCUAUCCACAAAGUUACUCUGGCAGAAAUCACAUCCCCAUUUUCUGUAAAUCCUAUAAACUUCAUUUCACUUAUCAAAUCACUGUGUUCGUCUGGAAUUGGAAAUGGAUUUUAUAAGAUGUUAUACCUUUAAAAUAUACUUUAAACUUUAAAAACAGUUUGACAGUCUGACUGAUGGAAAGAGGACAACUCAAAAUCUGAGGCUAUGAUUCUUCUCCAUCAGUAAUCUGGAAUUUUCAAUCCUAAAUUCUGUUUGAUAUAGCAUCUCAAAAAAUUAGAAUAGCAUUGAAAAGUUACUUUAUUUUAGUAAUUCAGUUCAAAAUGUGAAACUUAUAUAUUAUAUAGAUGUAUUACACACAGAGUGAUCUAAUUUAAGAGUUUAUUUCUUUUAUUGUUGAUGAUUAUGGCUCACAGCCAAUGAAAAUCCAAAAAUCAGUGUCUCAGAAAAUUAGAAUAUUAUAUCAUAAGACCAAUAGGUACUUUUGGCAGUGUGCCAAGUCCUGCUGGAAAAUGAAAUCCGCACCUCCAUAAAAGUUGUCAGUAGCAGAGGGAAGCAUGGAGUGCUGUAAGAUUUUCCGGGAAAACAAAACUGCACUGACUUUAGACUUGAUUCUAAGUGCAGAGUUUUCUUACAGCGCUUCAUGCUUCCCUCUGCUGACAACUUUUAUGAAGAUGCGGAUUUCAUUUUUCAGCAGGACUUGGCACACUGCCAAAAGUAUCAGUUGGUCUUAUAAUACUCAAAUUUUCAAUUUUCAAGAUGACUCUGUGUGUAAUUUCACAUUUUUAACUGAAUUAAUGAAAUAAAGUAACUUUUCAAUGAUAUUCUAAGUUUUUAAGAUUUUUUUUUUACUUAUUAGUUAAAACCAGAAAACACGACUUUCUCCUUUCACUUUUAGGGUUUCUGGGACUUUUAUUUUAGGGGUAAGUCGGCUAUCCACACCCCUGCAACAUUGUCUAAUUUUAAAAGUUUUUGGGGAGGAGAUCACAGAAAUUGUACUCAUAUAUAACAAUGCUACUUUUUGAUUGGCUGUUAAGUAGCUAACGUUACAUUUCUCAAUUUAUUAAAUGGCAAGCUUCUUCAGAAUUCUUCAUGAAACCGCUUAAUGCUGCUCUUUAUCCAUGAAUAAAAAGAGUGGUGUACCUUGGUGGGCAUUGUGCUACUUAUCUUUUGUGAGUGAUACACAAGGUGUGGCAUGUGAGCGUGUGAACUGCUUCAAAUAAGUGUGAGACACUUAUAUGAGAGCCCUGAGUAUCAUGAGGGAAGGAGUGUGUGUGUGUGUGUGUGUGUGUGUGUCUGUGUGUGUGUUGUUCCUGAGCGUUUUAAUAUUUUUACUAUUGGGUUUGCUGUUUGAAUUUCCUUUCUUAAAUGCUAAUACUAGCGCUAAUGCUAAAAACAAACAUGCGAAGUGGAAGAUUCAGGGUAAUAGACCCAAUCUUAGCUAGAAAACGGGUUUAAAGUCUAUCUAUGACUCUUACAUUACAUCUGUAUUUUAUCAUAUUUAAAUAUAUAUAAAUAUUGUCUUUGGCCUUGUGUCUGAUUUACAGAACAGUGUACGAUAAGUGAUAAAUGAUAAACUGUAUUGAUUUUUGUCUUCCUGUUGUGAACUUACGAUUGUGACUCUGACCUUUUAAUACUGUGUUUCUUCAACAUUUUUUCCUAAUCAUGAAUUAUAUAAUAAUAAUUAUUAUUAUCAUAAAAAGCGUUUGUUUUCUUAUUAAGUUAUAAUCCUGUCUAUAAUAUAGCCCAAACUGCUGUAUAUUAUUAAGCUGUGUACAUGCGAACUGCUGUAAAGUUAAUAAAAGUAAUUGUAAUUUU